AUGUCUGACGGUGUGCGACAGGCUCUUCGAGAUGGUGGCAUUCGGACCAUGAGCCAUCUGGCGUUUGCAAUCGGCCAGCCAAACCAGCCACUUACAAAUGAUGAAGUAGGAGCUUUUCUGAGAACCCUCCUAUCGAGGGAGGCAACCUUGCAGGAAGUAGCGUUGAUCAAGAGAAUCACGUUCGAAGCUCAGACUUACUUAGUCGCUUUUUUACGCCAAGGAGUAGAGCAGCAAGAUGACACACUACCAAAGAAGAUUCCUUUCGCUGAGCGACAGACACGCAUGGAUGCUUUGAAGACCCGUUUGACAGGUGUGGCCAUUAAGGGCGAACUUGAGCCCGCCCAUGUUGUUUUGGAGCGAGCUUGUCAGAUGUAUGACCAAAACAUCAUAAAGUUUUUGGAGCCUUCUGUUUGCAUUGUAUAG